AUGCGAUACCCCACGACAAUGCCUCCGAAACGAAAGCGCGCCACCGACGAAGCCAGCCAGGCCGGCGACGAUCACCAAACCAGCACCAACACCAACAACAGCAAAAGCAAGAAGGGCAAGAAAACCAACACGCGCGACAACAACGAUCCCGCACAAAUCCCUCCUAAGCGAAAGCGCGCCAGCCAUGACGCCAACCAGGAUGAUGACGAGGAUGACAACAAUGAUACCGGCGCUGGUACCAGCACCAUCAAUAAUAGAACCAAGACUGAAAAGAAAACCAUCAGCACGCGCAAUAAUAAAAGAUACGCCUACUUAAAGCCCCAAGUCCGAAAUAUUCCCGAGCAUACCAUCAAGUCGAAAUGGGCGACCCUCCCCGAACCCGUGCAGGAUAAAGUACGCGACAUGUUCCGCGCUCUCGAGCGCCCGGUUAUUGUACGGCACCAGAAUGAGCGCAAACGAAUUGAGGCACAGGCUGCAGUUCAGGCUGUUGUGAGAAAUCUUGGGAAGCGACUUCCUAGGAUGCCGUUUCCGCCUGCUACGAAGGAAUCUAGUUUCGAAUAUGAAGCGGCUCUUGAUGAGCAUCGUUCCCUUGAAGCCAAUUUGGCUACCGUGACGGAUAGCAUCGGACUGCUAAAAGCGGAGAUCGAGAAGGAAGAGGCGCUACUUGUCAAGGAAACAAAACAAUUACAUGAUAUGGAGAAAAAUGCCAAGCGAUCUGAGUCGGAAAGAAAGAGACAGAUGAAGAAUGAACAUCCUGUGCUCCGGCGCCUUGACAAACUGCCUGAGACCCAGGGCUCGAAGCCCGCCGAAUUCACCCUCGCAGAUUCGAAAGAUAGCGAGGCCACUUUUUCUGAGCUGGAAUCCGACCCAGAAGUCCAAGGUUUACUGAAGCAGCUGACGGGUCAUCUGCAAUCCAUGCAGACAAACACAGCCCCUCUUACCGGUCUCAAGGAUGCAGUCAAACGAUCACAAACAGCACUGAGUCUGCUCCCAGUGCCGGAAGACUGA